AUGAGCGGCGUGCGUGCUCACAUCGCCAACCGGCUGCGCAGCUCGUCACUCUCAGCCGUCCCCCCGCCACAGCACAGUUCAAACUACUCACCAGAUCUCGCCAAAAUCGCCGCUUCUAUCCUCUACCGCUCGCCGCUUCCCUCUCCGGAAGGCAGGCCCGUCUUCAUCCUCAACGCUGCUGCCCUCCCUGACUCUCACGAGGCCGAUUACGACUCGCUCCUCCCCUAUGUCCUGGCACGCCUACCGGAAGAAGACGAGCUCCUGAAGGGAUUCGAAUAUGAAGUCGUCUUUUUUGCCGGCGACGGCGACGGCUCAGUCACAAGCAAGAAACAUCGCCCAGGCUGGGGCUGGUUCCUGCAGGCGUACCAUGUCUUAUCCAGGGCCAUGCGCAAGCGACUACAGAGGCUGUAUAUCGUGCACGAGAAGGCCUGGGUUAGGAUUCUGACUGAGAUCUUCUCCACCAUUGUUAGUCCAAAGUUCAGGCGAAAAAUUUACCAUUUAUCCAGUCUGACGCAACUUGGCCGUGAGAUUCCCAUCGAGGAUCUCCUGAUACCCCCGUCGACAUACCUCGCUGACCGCCGCGUGUCUGAACACAUCUCCGCAUCCAACGACAGCGGCAAACGAGCAUUCGGCACUCGCAAUCCAUUCCCUACAAGCGUCAAUGGCAAGACCCGCUUCCCCCGCGUUCUUAGGGAGACGACAAGCUUCGUGCUGAUGGAACAGAAUAUCGUGUCAGAAGGCCUGUUCCGGGUGCCACCACACUCGAGACUGCGUGACUCACUAAAGGAAGCCUACGACAGGGGCCAGAAGUACAUCAUCUGGAAAGACAAUGAAGUAACGCUACCAGUACCACCCUAUGCACAUGCAGAGCACCAGGAUGAGAUCAUAGCCGAGGUCGUCCCUACAGAUGCAUACUCAGUCUACAUGGCCGCUGCUAUGAUCAAGGCCUGGUACGCCUCCUUGCGAAUUCCCAUCUUCCCGACAGAGUCAUACAGGGACCUACGCAGGCUAUAUGGUGACAGCCAAGAGGUCCUUGAACUAGAAAAGCUGACCGACCUAUUCUCGCCCACAUCCGAAUGGUCUCUGCUGCCAGGUCAAUCUCGCGAAAUCCUAUGCAGGCAUCUUCUCCCUCUUAUGAGUGCGAUAUCAGCGCGGAGAGAGCAGAACAAGAUGAACGCUGAGAACCUAGCCGUUUGCUUUGCGCCAGGACUGCUACGCGGGCCUGAUCAACUUGAAGAUGCGAAGAUGUCUUCCAUUAUAAGGAGGAUUUUCACCCAAGCUGUCAGGAUGUGGUCUGAGGGGCUAAGGGAGGCUUGUGGUCAGACGGACGACGCAUUCUACGAAGGACUAAAGCUGCCCUACAAUGAGCACGACUGGGAAGACCCGCCGGAUGCAACGAGGAAUUCAAUGGAUAGUGAUGGGUCGCUGGAAGAUCAGAUCAGCGGCAUAACCUUGCUGGAUAACGAGAAGCUGCCCACUUUCCGCGAGCCACGUCAAGAGCAAGGCGAUGAAAUGCCACCUCCGCUGCCACCACGCACCCGUGCCCCAUCUACUAAAUCGUCCACCGACUCGAUCCAGAGGAAACCCGCGCCGCCCCUUGCAGUGCCUCCUCGCUACUCCACCGUCAUAUCAGACGCCCCGGAGGACGUGGCUGAAUCACCCAUUGCCUACGCCGCGACCACGGACGGCUUCUCCCCACGCCGAAACGACGAAUGCAGCAUGGGAAAAGCGCCUGCUGUGCCGCCGCGAUGGAACGGCCCGUCGGAUGAGAAGAAGUCUGGUACGAGCAGCCCAGUCCUUCCUAUGUCAGCUUCUACUCGCGUGCAAGAUGAUACGCCUGUACAAAUUUCCACUCCUCUUACGCCUCAACUCAAUAUUCCUAAGAGGAAGACCCUGACUGCGAUGCAGAUUGACAAUGUCUCCAAGGCCGUCGUCGCGCAGGAUGAAGCGUACAAAACCCAACCCAUGGGCGGUAUGGCACUUCCUGGGCUCACAGGUAAUACACCCAUCAAACGGGGUCCGUCAUCCGUAUACAGCGGAAACAGCGAGAAUGCAACCUCGCCGCUUCUGACAUCGCCUCAAAGCGCCGUCUCAGCACCUGCAACAGAACCUGCUUUCCGCCGCCCAAGCAUUCCCUUUUCCGCAACAACGCCACCAAGCCGCAGCCCCAGCAUCACCUCGCUCGCUCGCCCCGUAUACCCAAAGCCACCCCACGUCCCCAUCAUAAGGCACCCUUCCCCUCCAAAAGCAACAACCACGACGCUUCCCGUCCCCACGGCAGCACCUCGACUCCGCACUCCCAGCCCAGGCCUCAUGCACCGUAUGCCGAGUUUCGAAAAAUUCAACGCCGCCGCAAAAGACCAAGGCAACAAGUCUGCUGCUGCUGAUGGCGACCAAGAGAGUGGGGUCGAUAGGGGUAGCACGCUGAAGCCCAAGAAGAUGAAUUUGAAGAAACAGUCCGUCGAGGAUUUGAGGCGGUUGUAUGAGGAGAGGGCGGGCACGGCGAGUGUGCUUGUGCAGGCGGCAACUACUUAA